AUGAACUCGCCAGAGUCGCUCCUGGAGACUCCAGACAGAAAGGAUAUGCCCAGAAAACGUUCCAAGGUGUCGCGAGCCUGUGAUGCUUGCCGCCGCAAGAAGAUCAGGUGUGAUGCUGAGUACCUGUCAACGCUACUGAAAGUCACCAAAGUUUGUAAUAACUGCUCGAAGAAUGCCGACGAAUGUACGUUCUCGAGAGUUCCUAUGAAGCGUGGACCUUCCAAAGGUUACAUCCGUGACCUUGUGGACCAUAUGGACAAUGCGUACGGCUCACAGUAUCCUUCCGGUCACCAUACUUCUGUCAUCAAGCUUGACCGUCCACGGUCGAACCUGGAGGACGUAGCCGCCGGUAACACUGCCUCCAACACCACUUCCUCUGCUCCGCCAGUCAUCAGCGUGUCAAGCCACAAAGUCGGGACUCCCGGAGGCGCUCUGCUGGGGCAGGGGCUGAUGAAGCCCAUGUUACAUCGCCUUGCAUUCACGUCGCUGCCCGGAACUACGCUGCCCAUAAUUUUGCCGCCACUCUUGGGUCCUCUGCCACUGACACAGCCUGUGAAAGUGAGUAUACCUGUCACCAAUGGCGGUGCUCCAGUCAGUCCGCAUGCGGCUGCGUUAGCACAGUCGACCCGAUCGCCUGAAGGCACUGAUCAUCGUCCCGAUAAUCGCAUCCAGGGUCCUCUUUGGAAAGUGCCAUAUGAGAUGCCCUCUCUGCAGAGCGCUGGCCUGGCAGCAUCCUCGCCGGGAACUGGCAUUGGUAAUGGCCUGAGUGUCAACAGCAGACGCUCGUCGGUGGAUUCUGUGAGUCUGAUUCUGACAACUGGUUCCCGGUCCAGACUUCCGUCUCUCAAGCCGCUGAUGUCAGCCAAUACCGAGCCGUUCGUUUCUGACCUGGACGACGAUUAUUAUUCGGUGAGAUCUCGUGCAUACUCGGCCAGUCUCUCGCCUCGCAAUUCGGUCAGCUCGAUGCUGUCACUCAAUGGAAGAAUGAACACGCAGCUUGUGUUGAAUGGCCCACCGGCACCUCCACCUGCGGCUGUAUCACCAGCUCCAUACCAUUUCUCACCACAGGUAAUGGUUUUCAACUCGCAACAGCCCCGCAACCAUCCAUUGGGCCCUCCAAUCGCACCCAUCCCACUCAAUUCCAUCGAGCAUAACUUGCGGGUCUACUACAGCAAGUUCCAUGCCAACUUCCCCAUAUUGCCUUCCAAUGAGCUGCAAAUGCUCCGACUUCUCUCCGCGCUCCAGGCCGAACAGGGCCCAACAUUGCAGAUUGUUCAUUUGUUCAACUCUGCUCUCAACAACCUUGUGCAUUACCAGUUGGUUCCGCUCGAAAUGCUGAUCGACUUGCUCCGUCAUUUCCUUUCGCUUUAUCCAUUCAAUCACCAUGGCUUGGCUUCCAAAGAUGAUUUAUUGCUUCUUCUGUUCCUGGCACUCGUGAUUGUCAACUACACUAUUCUCAUUAACGGCGACGUCUAUUCACUCGGCAUUUCUUUGGCCUCCUCAGUAUUCAACGACUUCAAAGUAUUGGAGCAUUACGCCGAAUUCUGCAAUUCGAGAUUGCAGAAUACUGACCCAGACGAUGUUCAACUCCUCUUACCCCGCUUAUACUUCUGUUUAUCCAUUAUUGACAGUUGUCAUAGCUUGAGCUUCGGUUGUCUGCCACAAAUGGCUGGUACCUUCGAUAUGCUCUACAAAUCUGUUGACAAACUCUUUCCCGCGGGUAUCAGCUCAGCAUCCUUCCGCUACAAUAUCCAGGCAGCAAGGAUGCUCAACGAUUUGGUCAAAUUGAGAAGUCUGGGCAUUUUUUCUUCAUCGAUGAUUUUGAAGUAUAAUCCAAACUGGGGAGUAAAUUCAGAAUCAUCUCCGUCCAACUCCCCUAUCCAGAAUUUUGCUGCGCUAUUCAUUAAUCAAAUCAAGGACAAGUACGAGCUAUAUGACUAUUUGAUUGAAAAUUACAAUCACCUUAAGGGCAUUCCUCACAAGGAUGUCUCUGAGGAUGAUAUUUACGAAAACUUUUACGACUACCAAUUCAAGAGCAGCCGGCUAAUCAAGAAGUUGUCCCAAUCGAUCUUGAACUUUGCCAACUACGUGUCCACCAUCUAUUCCCAAAUGAGAUCUGCAUCCAGCCCGGUCAAUUAUGACUUGAUUAAUCCAUUCUUCAACAUGAGCUACGGCCAGUCCUUUAAGUUGAUCAAAGCUUGUAAGUUAUUGAUCGAUUCUCUUCUUGAGCACGUCAGUAACAACGAGAUUGUCACUAGGGCUGUCAAAAUCAAUAAUGAUUUGUCAAUCGCAUUCAACCUUUUGAUGAGCAAUCUCAAUAAUAACAUGCCCAAUGGAAGAAACGGCUUACCCAACCAAGGGAAAGCAAAUGGUGCUUCCACAGCUCAGUUCUCGGAAACUUUGGAUGCUUGUGGUUUGGGUGCCACUUGCGUCAAUCUAAUUAUGAACAAGCUUGAACUUUACAAGUUAAAUUUUGGUUCUUUGCCUUCUCCUGAUGAUGCUACCAAUGGCAAACGCAGAAAUAAUCUCGAGUUAUGGAAACAAGAGUUCAUGAACACAAUCACAUCAUUCGUGUCAAGAGAAGAUAUUGAUGGCUGGUACUGA